AUGGAAAACAUGAAUUACUAAGCAAAUACCUAUGAUUCUGAUUACGAUGAUGAAGAUGCUGUUAUGCAAGAAGAACAAGAAUAAGAGGUUCAAAAUCAGCCUAGUCAAUAAAACCACUAGAAAAUUAUGGAAAAAUAGAAAAUUAUUUCCAAUUAAUCAUCAAUAAUGCUCACAAGAUCUCAUGAUAGUUCUUAAGGAUCUGGUGAUUGCUCUUAUUGCAAUGGGAAAAGGGAAACAUUUUAGGGUCUUCAAGAGGGAUUAAAAAGUCAUAAAUCAGGGUUUGGCUCAACUAAAAUGCGAUGUGACGAUUUUGAAGAAUUACUAAAUAAGGGUUAUUCUAGAAGUGGAACAUAUUUUUACCAAAGAAACUUUAAAAUGGCUUGCUGUGAAACAUUUUAAUAUAGAGUAUGGAUGGAUAAGUUCAUGCCAUCAGAGUCACAGAAAAAAGCAAUUAAACGAUUUCACAGGUAUUUAAACUAUGGAACAAUCAAGAAAAAAUAGGGAAAUUUAAACUAAUAUAAUGGUAUUGAUGAAGAAUAAAAAGUUGAAGAAAAUUUGGAUAAGUAGUAAAAAGUUAAUGAUUGCAAUGAUAAUAUAAACAAAACAUCAAUUAAAGUUAACUAGUCUUAAUGUAAAAUUUCUCUUGAAAACAGAGAGGAGUCUGAAAAAAUUCUAAGGCUGGUUAAGUAAGUUGUAUGUUAAAAUCUAUAGUCUUCAGAUUAAAUAGAUUUAGCUAAGGUUAGAGUGAGCUUUAAUGCUAAGCAUAACUGCAUAGCAACAAAUGUACUUCUUGUCAUUAAAAAUCUAUAAAGUAUUUAGGAAUAAUUGGUUAAUGAAUUAUAAAAUACAAUAAAUACGAUAGGAGAAAAAAUAUCAUUCAAUAAUAUCAAGUUGGAAAAUCAAUUUAUUAAUUUCUAUCAGCCUAAUACAAUCGAAUUUCUUAAAGAAGAAAAAUAAGCUAAGUAAGAGCAAUAUAAAAAGGAAGAAAGGAAAAAAAUAGAGAAGCUUAAAAAAUAAAUUGAUAAUAAUAUAGGAUCUAACUAGUUUGAAUAGGUGAGGGAUUAAUAUCCUUAAAACCAUUAUAAGAAUUACUUAAUCGAAUAUAAUCCAUAAGAUCCAAUUGAUCCUAACUUUAAACCAGCACAUAGCUACACUAUUGAAAUGAGAGGUGCAUUUUACACUGAGGAAUUUUAUAAUCUAUAUGCUAAAUAUGAAAAAACUAUUCAUAAAAAGGACAGGGAACCUACGAAUUUGAAGAGAUUUUUGUGCAAUAGCCCUGUAUAUGAUCCUGAUAGAGAUUUUAACAUGGCUAUGAGUCCUUCAGAACCAGAUUAUAAAUAUAUAGAUAGUAAGUUCCGAGUGGAUAAAGAUAUGGGUAUAUAUCCUGGCUAUGGGACUUUCCAUAUGUAUCAUAGAAUAGACGGUAAACUAGUCGCUGUAAAUGUGAUUGAUAUACUAAGAGAAACUUAUGUGAGUGGUUAUUGCAUUUACGAUCCAGAAAUGCACUUUCUAACAUUAGGAGUAGUAACAGCAAUAAGAGAAUUGGAAUAUAUGAGAUUAAUCAAAGCUAUAUACAAUCCAUAAUUAAAGUACUAUCAAUUAGGAGAGCUGGCUGUUACUUGUCCAAAAGUCAAUUACAAGCUUAAAUACAAACCAGGAUUUAUGAUUUGUCCAAGGACUAAAGCAUAUGUCCCAAUAGAAAAAUGCUUAGAUCAGAUUAAAAUCUUAUCUUAAAUGACUAUUGAGGAGAAAAUUUCCCUGCCUUACAUCUAAAUCGACGACUAUGUAUGUGAGGGCCCUUUGGAAAAUGAACUCUUGCCAGAGAUAUUUAAGGAAGUGAUUAAAUAAUUUCCCUUUGUAUAUGAGGAUACCUAGAGAUUAAAUAUUUCUGCCCUUUAGGAAAAUGGAAGGAAACUAUUAAAGGGUGCUUUAUCUGAAAUGUUGAUGCAUUGUGGAUUUGAUCUAUUCUCUAAAUUCAACUUUGAACUUAAAUUUUUAAAAGAGGAUCCCAAGUAAGAAAAGAGUGAGAAAGAUGAUUAAGAUGAUACCUAAUAAUAGAAAUAAGUUUAAAGCCAUUGA